AUCACUCAUAUCACCUAGAGCUGUUGAACAAUUUAAUUACAAGCGGCAUUUCCCAUUUUGCAUUUCGCAUUUUCAUUUUCAUUUCCAUUUCCAUAGCCAUUCCCAAUUCUAUAUCCACACCAUUUGCAGCGAUUUCAUGCCAGUCACCAAUUAGGCAGGUAAGUGGAGAUCGGUGGGCCAUCUCAUCUGACAGCGGCAGUUCCAGCGGGGUGUCACUCGUUCACACGAUGCCCAGUCGAGGGCAUCUCCGCCGGAUCCCGUCCCAUCCCGUCCAGAACGGCGGAGUGGAGUAGCGUGGAAUUGAGUGGAGCGGAGUGGAGUGCCAUGUGCUGCACAUGUAGUUCAUAAUUGCGCGUAAUUGCCGGAGCUGCUUGAGACGCGGCUGGAGAUAGGCGAUGGAUCCGAUCUGUCAAGCCAAUCACGGGACUCGGCUUUGGCAAUAGCUCCUAUAAAACGCCGACGUCGCCAGCGACUCGCAUCCAAGUCAGAGUUCGCACGUCGCGCAGUCCAAUCGCAAAUAGAAAUGUCGCAUCUAGUUCACCUGUCCGUCCUGCUCCUCGUGGGCCUCCUCUGCCUGGGCGCCACCACCGGCAAGCCGCACGACGAGAUCAACAGGGACCAUGCCACUGAGCUGGCUAACGAGUGCAAGGCUGAGACCGGAGCCACCGAUGAGGAUGUGGAGCAGCUAAUGAGCCACGACUUGCCCGAAAGACAGGAGGCCAAGUGCCUGCGCGCCUGCGUGAUGAAGAAGCUGCAGAUUAUGGAUGAGUCCGGCAAGCUGAACAAGGAGCACGCCAUCGCGUUGGUCAAGGCCAUGAGCAAGCAGGAUGCGGAGAAGGAGGACGCUCCCGCCGAGGUGGUGGCCAAGUGCGAGGCCAUCGAGACACCCGAGGAUCAUUGCGAUGCUGCUUCCGCCUUCGAAGGAUGCAUUUACGAGCAAAUGAAGGAGCACGGACUCGAGCUGGAGGACCACUGAAAGCAGAUUUGAGACCCUGGACGACCCCGUUACUGCAUCACAAGCGCCCUUCUGGAAUAUAACCAACUAUUUUUUUAUGUGUAUACUAUGAUUAGUUCUUAAGUGCUUAAUAAACUGAGAAACUGCAAA